GAAUGCCUGAGUCGAUAAAACCUCUGCCCAACUGCUGCCAUAAGUACUAUGAGAAAGAGCUGCCGAAGAAACGGGUGGCAGGAUACAAAGAGGCCCUCAACUGCCACCUGCCAGCAAUCAUCUUUGUCACCAAGAGGAAUGUACAAGUCUGUGCCAACCCUAAAGAGGAAUGGGUCAAAGAGUACAUCAAGGAUCCUAAAAUACCUUUGAUGCCUCACAGGAAUUUAGCCUAGUCUACAGUUAAGAAGAGUGGACAGCCCCAGCUCCUCCGUUCUUGA